AACAAAUUGUUUUUGCCACUAGUGACAAUACAGAUUUUAUAUAUGAUAAUCAGUCCUAUGUAAACACAAAGAUCGAUUGAUGCCAAUACAUUAUGCCAUGGAGAGAAAAGAUGACAGAUAAAUUAAUACAUUACUUAUUAUUGGCCUGUGUUUUCAUUAAAGUACUACUCUUUCUACUGGAUAAUGAAGAGUUUAUGAUGAAAUUACAAAUCUAUAAAUAGACAUAACAAAGAAAAAGUGUCAUACCAUUGAGCAUUAUGGAUAUGUCAUUACGAAUGACGUAUUUAUAACCAAUAUAAUACAAUUAAAGUUUAGUUAUUGUUAAAAACAUGUUAUAAAUACCAAUAGAAUACAAUUGAGGGUUAGUUAUUGUUCAACAUGUUAACGGAAGUGCUGUCGUCAUAUCCAAGAACACGGAUACAUUUAAAAGACGCCUGGAUAAACAUCGGAUCAACCACCCGAUGAUUUAUGAUUAUAAAUGUUACUAUAAUGUAAUAACCGGAAGCAAAACACCGAGACUGCUAAAUAGUGAGGACGAAGAAGAGGCCACUACAGAGGUCCCAAAGACCUGCGGUGGUAACAUAAUCAUCGAUUAGGUUAAUCCUAGUAUGGUGGAGCACUGUUAAUAAGUGUUAUCAUUAAGAACAGGAAGAACAAUUCGUAAAAAUGCAGCCAUUAACUAAGCUGUUCUCGAAGUUAUUACCAACCUCAAAUCACUCUACCUUUGAUGAUAGUCUUCCGAGAAAUGUUGGCAAACUGAAACCGGACAAACAUUCAGGCGACCCAACCUUGGCUUGGGACAAAAUUAAAGGGAAACAAAAUAAACAAUGUGUGAAACCUGUGGAUAUAAACUUGCCAGUCCCUGAUGAUAGAGUCCGGUUUGUGUGCAUAUCAGACACACACACUGAGUGGGAACAGAGCGGAAUUCACAUACCGGAUGGUGAUAUACUUUUACAUGCGGGAGACAUGACAAUGUCUGGACAGAAGAAUGAAUUGGAAAUUGUGAAAAAAUAUCUAGAUUCACUCCCACAUAAGCACAAGGUUGUGAUAGCAGGCAACCAUGAUUUGUCGUUCGAUCACAAGUUCAUGGUUAAUCGAAUAAAGAACAACUACUAUACAUUUGACCACAAAGACUUCCAGAUGUACCUCAAAAAAUGUGGUGUGCGUUGUACAAGAGAUUUAUUCAAUGAUAUCUACCUGGAAGACUCCAUGGUGAAGAUUUAUGGAAUUAAUAUUUAUGGGAGUCCUUGGACACCAGGAAGUGGUUUCUGGGGAUUCCAGUGUUGCCGUGGUGCCCAGCUGAUGUCCAAAUGGAACAUGGUUCCCAACUCCACAGAUGUCCUUCUCACUCACAUGCCUCCAUUAGGUUAUGGGGAUAACAUUCGGGAGAUAUUUCAGAAGCACGUGGGAUGUGUUGACUUACUGAAGACAGUCCAGACGCGGGUCAAACCAGCAUACCAUGUGUAUGGGCAUAUACAUGAAGGGUAUGGAAUGCGAACAGAUGGCACUACAAUAUUUGUGAACGCAGCUGUCUGUGAUGAAGAUUACAAUGCUGUGAAUUCUCCAAUCAUCUUCGACAUACAGUUACCAAAGGGCGUCACCAAACAGUCAUUCGGGGACAAUCAAGUAGAAUGGGUGAUACCAACAGAAACAUUGGCCUUGUAUGAAGAAGAUAUUGAGAUUGUGUUUGAAGAUUACCAGGAGUUUCCUGAUGAAGGAGCAGUAAGUACAGGUGGAGGGGGUCAGGAAGGCCAUGAAGUACUGCCGACUCAUGCAGAGACCAUACUAAACAACGUGGUCUCGGUUUUACUACAGAGUGAUGCAGAGUCAGUCAGCUCCGAGUCAGAUGUGAGCAGAAAGUCAUUAGAUAGCUGUGAGUCACAGGAUAGACUAGACUGUGCAAUAGGACAUGAGGAUUCUGAGUAUACCUUGGAAGAUGGAGGAGGUGGAAUUCACUAACUGUGAUAAUGAAGAUGUGUGAUGUUACCUCUGUUAAAUCCCAUAGACAAAAACUCUUCUGAUGUUUCCAGUGAAUUCAAUUUACUGAUGAAGAUGGUUCUCUGAAAAUGGAUCAACUUAAGCAGGUGCAGAAAAAAAUGCAUAAUAGUGGUGAAGAUAUAUGUAUUAGAAAGUUUUUAAACUACAGUGUAUAAGCUGUUGUGUUUUGAUCAACUCACCAAUAUUAUCAGUUUUUGUUGAGGACCAAUUGCCAAACAAAAAUAUAACAUAUAACAUCUGAUUUUGUUAAUACCCAUUUUAAUGAAAUGAAACUAACCGGUAAACUAGGUUUUUGUUUCUUUUGUCAUUAAUUGCCCGUAUGUUAUGAUCAAGGUUAUUCCGAAUUGCUAAUUGUAGGACCAAUAACCAAACACAAAACUUUAUAUAAAAAUUUCUGAGAUCAUAUACAUGUAUGCAUUUAUCCAUAAAUGUGUUUCAGAUGAACUAGAUUUUCUGUAAUUUCCUUUGAUGUUUUUGUUUGAUAUUAAAAACAUUGUGGUUAAAAACAAUUUUUAUAUUGAACGUAAUUGAUAAUUUUGAAGAUUUAUUAUGUGCUGUUGUUUUUAUUCAUGACUAAGAAAUUCUCAACCCAUAAAAGGCUGACCAUAUGUUGAAUGUGUGCACAUGCACACAUGUUAACAGAAAUACCUAGCCAAGUUUGACUUGUUAAAUUUUAACAAAAGCUAGCAACCACUGUAUUAUAAAUACUUACAAUUGCACAAAUUUUAAUAAUUUAUACAGGUCUUUUGUUUAUUGGUUGAUUUCAGCUACUAGUAUUUGUCCUUGAUCAUCAUAUGAUAUCAUUCUAUCUGGUUGGUGUUAUAAGCAAUAUGAUACAACAGCAAUAUCAACACAGCCAUUAUAUAUCAUAAGUUCAGUACAUGUGUGAAUGAUGCACAAACGUAGUACGAUAAGUAGAGAAAAGUAUAAUAUGGUUUUACAGGUUCACACGACUUUGUCCAUAAACGGGUGAAAGAAAAGUAUUUCAGCCCCUGGUCCGUAAUACAAUUGCUCAAUAUUUGUUAGCUCAUCAUUUGAGAAUAAAUUGUCGAUUCAUUGUCUGCUAAUAUAAAACAUGGAGAAGACACAAGAAGGAAAUGUCACCUUUUGCUCUCGAAACAAAACAAUAUCAACAGCCCGCAUGAACAAGAAAAAAAGGCUACUUCGGGGGAUCAAUCUGUACACAUGCUGUCAAAUGUGUUACUGUUACGUCAAACUAUGUAUUUCAGGUACAGCAAGUAUUUUUAUAUGUUCAAAAUUAUGUAAAUGUUCAUAUUACAUUUAAGAUAUAUUUAUAUCAUCCUUUAUAUGUGCCUUUAUUUUAGGUUUUGUUACUUAUAUCUCUGUGAUAAAUUUGUAUUACCAAAACAUUGUCUCAUACUAUUUAUUAUAUAAGAACAAUAUAUUCUAUGCAUCAUA